AAAUGAUAUUUCGGAUAUUUCUUAUUCUUUGAUUGCCAUAUCUUAUAGCUUGCCAUGGCGAUCACAAGUUUACAGAUAGAAUCAGUCUUCCAGCAACAGAGAGCUCAGAAGAAAUCAGAGAAAGAGAUGACUUUAUCUUAGAAGAAAAGAUUCGAAACUUGUCAUACCUUAAAGAUGAAGUUCAUAUUCAAAUUGUGAGACUUUCGAAAACAGUUAAGCCAGUAUACCCUGAUGCAUAUCCUGCUCAAAACUUUUCAAGGGAUCAAUACAACAUAGAUUACUCAAUGAUUUCCAAUAUUUUUGAUAAAAAUGUCCAAAUCAGGAAUGAUUCUUACCUAGAAAGUAUCGGAUUACUGGAGUACUCUAGCAAAUAUGAUAUCUUUCCUAGCUUGCGCGACAACGUCAAUGACCUACUGUCAACCCUCAAUGUGACCUAUUCAUCGAAGGAUAUGUCAAGUUUAUUCUAUAAAGUAGACUAUAAAUUUUAUGAGGUUAAUAUUUCAAGCGAUAUAAGCCAAAGAAUUCUGAAUAUUCUCCAAGAUUUCAUUCAACAUGGCGGGAAUAAAGCAGAAUUUAGGGAGCGAAUCCAUUAUGAACUAAUUAAGGAUUUAGUCAGCAAACAAAGACUUAUUAGCAUUUAUGUCACUGAUUUUGAAGAUGAGAAUUUAGAACAAGCUCUCCAGCAGCUUUUUGAAAAUAAAGAAAACGCGCAGUUAAGCUCUGAUUCUAUACUUUUGCUGAUAAAGCCCAAAGAUGUAACUUAUGAUCAAUAUCUGAGAAGCAUUGUUGAUCCUAAUGAAAAUAUAUGAAUCAAAACAUCAUUUGGAACAAGUAACUGAGAGAUGAAAGAAUCCGACAUAAUGACUUUACCCAGGAUGAUUUUUGAAAAUAUCCCAUCAAGAAGUAAUGAUAGAAACAGAGUCAUAAAUUUGGCUUACAGCGGCUCUCAGAAUGACUCUUCUGAUCCACCUACACAGUCUGUACCUCUUCAAUCAUUAAUAAACAACUUAUUGCUACCAUAUAUCACAAAAAUGAUGAAUGAGUAUCUAAGAUUCCAAUCAGACCUGCAACAGUUGCUUUCAGAAUAUUCCUUCAGAUCACCAUUAAAUUUCUUGAUGGUAAAGCAUGACUUUGAUAUCUUCGUCCACGAAUUUAUGAGAUGUGAAGCAAAGCUAAAAUUUGGCCUAAAGUUUAUCCAACAGCAUAUGCUCGCCAAAUAUGGACCAGUUGGAAAUUUAACUGAUCAAAGCAAAGAGAAAUAUGACAUUGGCUACAGGUUCCUUGUAGAAAAGGAUAACUGAAAAGCAAAAAUGAGUGACUUACUUGACCAAUACAGCCAUCUUAUCCAUGCAGAUAACUAUGAAUGCAAUUAUGGUACAAAUUUAGGAGCAUGCUUUGGAGAUAAAGGACAUUGAAUGUGAUUUAUCAAGAAAUACGUUGUCCCCAUAGGUCUCGGACUUAUUCUUCUCAUAUUCACUUUCUUCGUUGGGUUCAAAGCAGUCUAUUCCCAAGAGGCUGUUGAUUAUGUAGAGAAAAAGAAGAAAUAAUUUAAC